UAUGGCCGAUCACCUAUCGCGUCUGCCAAACGGUUGCGCAGUAUUAAGAGAAGAGAGAAGAGAACGAGGGACGGGACGAUCAUGAGCGGCAAGCUCAUCGUCGCUGCCUUUGCUUCUUUCUAAUUUAGCUUCUCCCACGCCCCAAGAAAAGCAUACAGCAGCCGGAUCCAUCCAUCCAUGCGUUCUCCGCCAAUUAUAGAAUAAGGAUUAUUAUAUUUAAAGUUUUGGCCUUUCGUUCCUGCCCCGAUCUCGCAUUGUUUGCUUUAUCUGAGGCAAGGAAGGCUCCUUUGGAGAGAGCGACGCCGACGAGAGAGGAAGGAGAUUCCGAUGAACUGAGGAGGGUCGCCUGCCCCUCUACCUGUUCGAAGUUCGAACUCCUUCCUCUUCUCUUCCUCAAUUUGUUCGAGAUUUCCGAUCUUUAAUUUUCCAAAAGGGAGCAUUUUUUUUUUUUUUGUAUAUACAUAUUUUUGAUCGACGUUUGCGCGAAGGCAUCUCCUUGCGAUGCUUUUCUUGCUGCUGUCGUUCUUCCUCUUCGUCUUCCUCCUCUCUAAGUGCCUCCCCCUGCUUCCCCUGCCUCCAUGGGCGAGUGAGAUGAGGCUGCUCUCCGUCCUGUUCUUCCAGGAGCUUCUCUUCUUUUCAGUGCAUUUGUUCCGGAGCUGCAGGCCGUUCGCCGGCCGCACACCUAGCGUUCCGCCUCCGACGAUGAAGCCUUCUCGGAGGAAGAGCCGCGCAGACAAAGAGGAGCCCGCGGGGUCGUCGUCGUCGUCCGGGAUGUCGAUACUGGACCUACCGGAGCUGGCUCUGGAGUGCGUCCUGGGCCGGCUGACGCCUCCCGGGCUGUGCGGCAUGGCGGCGGUGUGCAGCUCCCUGAGAGAGAGGUGCACGAGCGACCACCUCUGGGAGAGGCACAUGAAGGAGAAAUGGGGGAGGGUGAUCGGCGACGCGGCGCAUAGGGAGUGGGAGCGGUACGUAGCUUCCGCAGAGGACCCUCUGGCGUCCCUUGCAGAGGCCAACAAAGGAAGGAGGAGGUGGAUCGAGGCGGCGUCGCGUGUGUGGCCUCUUUCUUGCCUGAGGCUCCCCUCCAAGAGUGGGAAAAAGCUGAGCUGCCCUUUGCCCAACGACUCCAUCAUGUCUUGGUACCGAGCUUUGGAAACUGGCAGGUUCUGGUUCCCCGCACAGGUUUACAACCGUGAGCAUGGGCAUGUGGGAUUCAUGCUGUCCUGCUAUGAUGCUGAAGUUAGUUACGAUUGCCGCACCGAUACUUUCCACGCGAGGUACCCGCCGCAUGGAAGACGAACUGUGGUGAUAGAGGAGGGAGUGCAGUGGGACAGAAUUCGAGUAUCUCCGGUGAUCACUCCUGCUCAUGUUCUUCAUAACUCUGACUACCUUAGUGAUCUGCGCCCCUGCGAUCAUAUUGAGAUUCAAUGGAGAAGAAACAAAGAGUUCCCAUAUGGCUGGUGGUAUGGUGUCGUAGGUCACUUGGAAAAUUGUGAUGGAAAUGAGCAUUUUUGCCGUUGCCAUCUAAGCGAUACUGUGAUCUUAGAGUUUAACCAGUACACACCUGGUUCAAGGUGGAGACGAACUUUAGUCGACCGAAGGGAUCACAAAGAGGAAGGAAAUGAGACAGAUGGGUUCUAUGGAGGAAUCAGAAAGCUCCAAAAAAAGGAGGAAAUCUCCAAGUGGAGACAACUUUGGCCUACAGAUGUUCUUGAAUAGAAGGCUUGCAAGUCCUUUGAGUACUUUUUGCACCAGUUCAUUCGAUCCAAAUUCAAAUUUUGGCAUUCAUGUGGGCGAAAGAAGAGGUGAAUUAGUAGUUCAUUCAUCCCCGAAAUUUUUAUCAAAGGCAAUCGACAACUAAUUCAUUAGCCCAGCUCUACUGGUUUAAACUGUAUAAUGUAGAACACAAGGAAAAUGGAAUGUAGAUUGGAUAUAUACUUGAUUCACUUACACAUCGUUUAAACGUUUAUG